AUGGAUCGUCCGGUUGUUCUUAAUUCACUGUUAUGUUUUAUAAAUAAUUAUCGGGACAGUUUGUUACCGAAUCAGCUGAAAACAUUCAUCAAUAAGUAUUUUGCAAAAAGUGCUAUCACAUGCGCCCACGAUGUGCUGCUGGAACUGUUGCCACCGAAUUUGUCUGCGGAUCCACCAGCCGAUAUUAUUGGGUUGUAUGAUCGGGUCAAAAAAGCUGAACAGUCACCGGUGUUUGCUGCAGCGGAUCUGAGUAGUUUACCGUUGACAUUGAUCACUGAUGAAACGGAUUCUAAAACUGAACUGCUACGCGAGAUUCGACAACUUAAACGGUUUAUACAAGAUGCCUUGAAUGGCAAAGUUGAAGAACCAUCUUUACAGUCAGAUAGUCGAAUACGAUCAACAACGGAUGAACAACUAUUGUCAACAACAACUGCAACUGCAGUAACGGCAGCAACGGCAACAUCUAAAUCGUCAUGUAAGACGAACGCUUCGGCAUCAUCACCAGAAUCUCCAUCAUCCACUGGUCUGUUCAACACCUCGAGUACAUCAUCAAUUGCUGUACCGUCAACCAAUUCAAUAGCUUCAUCACAGAAUUCCCGUUCAUCACCUUUAGCUAACUGUAUCAAUUCAAUUAUUAAUAGUGCGAAUGCAGCGGCUAUCAACAACAGUAACAAUAAUGGCAACACCGCUAACAGUAAUAACAGUAAUAAUAACAUCAACAAUGGCAAUAGUAACAUCGGUAAUAAUGUUACAAAUCAUCAUAAACGAAAACACGAAACUUCGGGUACACGUUUGGACGCGAUGGUACGAAAGUUAGCUGAUAAACAAAAGGAAAAAGAGGCUCGUGAGGCAUCGCCGCCAUCAGCGGUAUGGGCACCACAGUUAAUUGAUCAUCUGAACUUUUUGAAUAUGAUGAGAUCCGUUGCAUCCGUAUCCUCAAAUUCCGGUAUAUUUCCGGCAGCAAUCGCUAAAGCUGUUCUCAACGAUACUUCUAGUUGGUUAGUUUUCUGA